AUGAACAGUGACAAAAAUAGAAAUACUCAAGAAACCAAACAAAGCGAAGACUCUUCUAUUUUACUCAUAAUGGCAAAAAUAGAUGAUUCAGACAUAGAAAUGAAGGAAUCAGGUAGUAGCAACCAGACAAGCCCCGAACCUAACUUGGUAAUUACACUCAACAAACUAGCAACUGAACAUCCUAACACAUAUCUCGAAGAACAGCUCAAGGAGAUCCAUGGAAGCAUCAAGGCACACAAAACA